AUAUGAACUUAACAAGCUGCUCUCUCUCUCCCUCUCUCUCUUGAAAUGAGGGAAGGUGCCUGAGAAUUGGGACGUUCUGCAACAUGGAUUUCUCCAUUAAACCUUAGCUACCUCUUUGUGAUGUAAAGUCAAACAUCUCUCUCUUCCUGUAAUCACCACAAAUACCGCCCCCUCUCUCUCUCUCUGAUAUGAAAUUGAGAAAGCUCCCAAGAUUGGGAGCUUACUGCAACACGAGCACCACCUUGAUGCUCUCAGUUCCUCUGUUUCUUCUCGGUGCCCUGUUUGCAGGUUGCAUCUAUGCUACCAUACCUUAUACCCAACCUUCUCCUCCUCGUAUUCGCGGUACAACCGCCGUCUCUGGAUACAAUCAGAGAGCAGUCUCCUUCCCUAUGUCGUCCAACCUCUCAGAAUUGGAACAGCCGCCGAGCAAAACCAGUGACAGUUCUCUCUCUCUAGACCACGGUCCCGACAUCGCCUUCCCCAUGUCUUCCAACCUCUCAGAAUUCGAACCGCCACCGAACAAAACCAGUGGCAGUUCUCUCUCUCUAGACCAUGGUCCCGCCAUCGCCUUCCCCAUGCCUUCCAACAACUCAGAAUUUGAACCGCCACCCAACAAUUCCACUGACGAAGUUCUCUCUCCUUCAACUAAGAGAGAGAAACAGAGGAGUUUGCAGAGGUUGGACGCUCAGUUGGCGAGAGCUCGUUCGUCGAUCAAACGAGCUGCCCGCUUCUGCAAUGAUUCUUGCUAUGGUGGUGAUUCAUUUGUACCGAAGGGCGCAGCCUACCGCAAUCCCUAUGCCUUCUAUCAGAGCUAUUUGGAGAUGGAGAAGACGCUGAAGGUGUGGAUCUAUAAGGAAGGUGAGCCACCUCUAGUCCACGAUGGACCAUGCAAGAGCAUAUACUCCAUGGAGGGCCAAUUCAUCCAUGAGUUUGAUAGUGGUAAUCGGUUUGUUGCCUCGAGCCCGGAGCAUGCUCACUUGCACUUCAUCCCCCUUAGCAUCACCAAGUUGGUCCACCACCUCUACCCUCCUAAGACAUACGGCAGAGGUCCACUCCAUCGAGUUGUCUCUGAUUAUAUUAGCAUCAUUUCUCGCAAGUAUCCAUUUUGGAACAGGACGCAGGGCUCGGACCACUUCUAUCUUUCCUGCCAUGACUGGGCACCAGAUGCUUCAGAAGCCAACCCAGAGCUCAACCGCAACUCAAUCAGGGUCCUCUGCAAUGCAAAUACGUCGGAAGGUUUUGACCCACGGAAGGAUGUCUCCAUGCCGGAGAUCCAUCUAAAAACUGGCCGCCUCGAUGGCCUCAUCGGUGGCCCCUCCCCAUCCCGCCGCUCCAUCCUAGCCUUCUUUGCUGGUGCCCAGCACGGCUACAUUCGUUCACUUCUUCUACGCCAAUGGAAGGACAAGGACUCCCAAGUCCAAGUCCACGAGUACCUACCCAAAGGCCAAAGCUACUCUAAGCAAAUGCAACGAGCAAAAUUUUGCUUGUGCCCUAGUGGUUAUGAGGUCGCAAGCCCUAGAGUUGUCGAGGCUAUCUACAGUGGUUGUGUUCCAGUAAUAAUCUCCAGCAGCUACGUCUUGCCAUUUAGUGAUGUGCUUGAUUGGAGAAAGUUUUCCGUACAUAUACCAGUGUCAAAAAUACCGGAUAUCAAGACCAUUCUAGAAAGAAUAUCACAGAGGAGGUAUCUGCAGUUAUAUAGGAGGGUGUUACAGGUGCAACGCCAUUUUGUAGUAAACCGACCAGCCAAAAGGUUCGACGUGAUUCAUAUGAUUCUGCACUCUAUCUGGCUUAGGAGGCUCAACCGUCGUCUUCCAUUAUAAUUCCUUGAAUUCAUGAUUUUCAUGCAAUUUUUUCAUCAAAGAAAAAUAGUUUUCGGGCACUCCAUUUCGUUGCAAGUGCAAAAUAUCCUUGAUUAAGGGCCUGUUCUUUCUUUUAUCAGUAUAUGGAAAAUUGUAUGAUUUUGUCUAAUAAAAUUUGAUA